CUUACUCUGAUCCCAUCAUGGCAGGACCAAAUCCUUCCGCAGCUAUGGCGGCGGCGGCCGCCACGCCGGCGAGAGCUUGGUGGCGGCCGGAAAUUCCAGCGACCGCCGCAGCCGCAGCUGGCAACUGCUUCUUCCGUCCUGGAGCGAAGCGCUUCAGCACAGGGCUUCUAAUGACAAGCACCCGCCUGCACCCCAAAGCGUGUACCCGUCUGCACGUCAAGAGCGGGGAGGCAGAAGGGAGCCCGAAUGCCGAUACCGACACCGAGACCACCGAGGCAGCUCACGUCGUAGUUGAUGAGGAGACCCUCCGUCAUGACCUCGAGACGGCGAUUGAGGAGGAGGACUAUGCCCAGGCGGCCCGACUCCGGGACGAGCUGCGCCACCUUCGGGAGGACGGGCGGUCGUCCCUCCUGGCGGCCAACGCGCGGUUCUACGACGCGUUCCGGGACGGCGACCUGGCGGCGAUGCACGCUCUGUGGGCCAAGGGCGAGCAUGUGUACGUGGUGCACCCGUCGGCGGGGCGGAUCGCGGGCUACGAUACGGUGAUGCGGAGCUGGGAGAUGGUGUGCGACGCAGACUACGAGUUCCCGCUGCGGUUCGACCUGCAGGACGUGGAGGUGCACGUCAGGGGCGACCUCGGCUAUGUGACAUGCCUGGAGAUGGUGAAGACGAGGGGCAGUGGCAGCUGGGGCAAGCAGAUUGCCACCAACGUCUUCGAGAAGGUGGGCGGCGAGUGGCGGAUGUGCAUCCACCAUGCCUCCCACCUCGACGACGACGAGUAACCAUCCACUGGUUCUGGGAGAUGCAUGUGCGAGCACAAGCUCGGGGAGGUUUUGCGGUACAGACGGGAGCGUAUAGAGAUCAUACUGAACUAUUCGGCAGAGUUGUUGAGACAUACGAUCCUAUCUUCUUCUAUAGUUGUUGCAUUUUUGUAUCAUCACAUUCAUUCAGUAUUUUUGACGAAUCAGAUACCAAAAACCAUAAUCAUACAAUAUUUUGGGGGAGUAAAUAUAUUGGAGAGGGCAGUUUCUUU